AUGUUGACCAUAAGUCAAGUUCUUGUAGCAGUGGCUGUAUUUCUUCUAAUCACACAGUUUUUAAAGUUGCAGCAAGUGCGGAGACGGUUUCCUCCUGGACCGGUCCCUCUCCCUGUCCUUGGGACGCUGAUACAGCUGAACUUUCAGUUUAAUCGUGAUCUCCUCAUGAAGCUGGCAAAAAUUCAUGGCAACAUAUUCACCUUAUGGUUUGGAUGGGCCCCAGUGGUUAUACUGAAUGGAUUUCAAGCAGUGAAGGAUGGCAUGACCACACACCCUGAAGAUGUUUCUGGGAGGCUGGUGUCACCUUUCUUCAGAGCAAUGGCCAAAGGAAAAGGAAUUAUGUUAGCAACUGGUCACACCUGGAAGCAGCAGAGGAGGUUUGCUCUCAGGACUUUACGCAACCUUGGUCUGGGGAAAAGAGGUCUGGAGCACCGAGUUCAAGAAGAAGCCCACUACCUGGUAGACUUCUUUGCAAGUAUGAAAGGGAAACCUGUGGAUCCUUCUUUCCCUCUCGUCCAUUCUGUCUCAAAUGUAAUUUGUGCUGUCGUGUUUGGACAUCGUUUCUCCAGAGAGGAUGAGGCCUUUCAUGAGCUAAUUAAAGCUACAGAACAUCUCUUCAAGUUUGGGGGCAGCUUUAUCCAUCAUCUCUAUGAAAUCUUCCCCUGGCUGAUGAGCCAUCUCCCUGGGCCUCAUCAGAAGGCAUUGGCUUGUUAUGAUGUGCUGAGCAACUUUACACGGAGAGAGAUCCAAAUGCACACAGAGCGUGGGGCACCCGAGGAACUGCACGAUUUUAUUGACUUCUACCUGGAUCACAUUGAAAAAUCCAAAGAUGAACCCAGAUCAACAUUCAAUGAAGACAACAUGGUUUAUUCCAUAAAUGACCUUUUCUUGGGUGGAUCAGAGACAUCAAGCACUACUUUGAACUGGGGCCUGCUCUACAUGGUGGCAAAUCCAGACAUCCAAGAGAAAGUGCAGAAGGAGCUGGAUGCUGUUCUGGGUCCCUCCAAGUUAAUCUGCUAUGAGGAUCGGAGAGAACUGCCCUACACAAACGCUGUGGUUCACGAGAUCCAGCGCUUCAGCAACAUCAUUUCAGUUGGCAUGCCCAGGGUGUGUGUGAGGAACACAACCUUGCUUGGCUUUCCCCUCAAAAAGGGCACCAUAGUUCUUCCAAAUAUUGCUUCAUCUUUGUAUGACCCAGAGCACUGGGAAACACCUCGACAGUUCAACCCUGGUCACUUCUUGGAUAAGGAUGGAAACUUUGUGGCCCAAGAAGCCUUUUUGCCAUUCUCAAUAGGGCACCGGGUGUGUUUGGGGGAGCACUUAGCAAGGACCGAGCUCUUCAUUUUCUUUGCCAGCCUGAUCAACACUGAGCCCGUGAUGGGGGGCACUCUGCAGCCCCACCCCUACAGGCUUUGUGCCAUUCCACGCUAG